UAUGGAAAAUGCAUUAAACGAUAGCAUCGAUAGUAUGUAUGAUAUGUCUCGUCAUUAGUAUUGCUCUCAACAUAGCAUACAUUGAUCAGCUGUUGUCCACAAUUGAUGCCACGCUGGAGAUCAACAAAUAUUACCAUUGUUUUUAUCAAUUGAUACAUUUUAAUCAUAAUAGUUAUCAAUAGUUUUAAUGACAAUGAAGUUAAAACAAUUGAAACGCAACGGUGUGUUGAGUUGGUCGCCGACCCGACAAUACAUGAGACUCGCCAUCGGAACCACUGCUCAACAGUUUGACACUAACUUCAGCAAUGACAGCAAACUAGAGAUCUUUGGUCUCAAUAUAGAAGAGAUCAGUGAAGAAACUCGUUUGUUAUCAUCACAAGUGGUUAACAAUACAUUUACUUGUCUUGGAUGGCAUAGCAGUGCACUUAUUGGUGGCACUCAUCUUAAGACAUUACAGUUUUACGACACGACAAACAAUGAAAUUAAAUUAAUAUAUGAAACUGAAGGUCAAACAUCUGGUAUCACUUGUCUGGAUAUAAAUCCCAAAGAAUUGCAUACAUUGGCCAUUGGUUCUGAAGAUGGAUCAAUUGGCAUUUGGGAUAUUGAGAGCAAAGGCAAACCAGAGAAAAAUAUAAAUCUGAAUUCAUCGACAGCUAAUGACUCAAUAAAUGUGGUUAAAUGGAACCGUCAGGUGAGCUCAAUACUGGCCGAAGCCUCCAAUUCCAACAUUCAGGUUUGGGAUACACGUAAAGCAGUCAAUAGCGGACCAAUAAUGAGAGUUCACGACACUAAUGCUACUUCGCUUUGGGGAAGUGGUCAACAAUCGCUUAUGAUUUCUCGAUCACUUGUUUGGUCAGAAUCCACUUCAACUACUCUUAUUGUGGCCAACAGUAAUGAUGCCAAUCCUAUUAUCCAAUUAUGGGAUUUGCGAUACGCCACAUCUCCUCUCAAUCACUUUAAAGGAGGUCAUACUCGAGGAAUACAAAGUAUUUCUUGGAAUAAAUUUGAUGAACGACUUUUGUUGUCCGCCGGUAAAGACAAUGUUGUUUGUCUUUGGGAUCCGACUUCUAACGUGAAUGAGGAAUCACUUCAAGCAUUUAUACCUUACAUAACAAAUCAAUGGAUUUCUGACAUUGAUUGGUGUCAUUGGGAACCGUCUCUAUUUGCUAUUAACUCGUUUGACGGCAACACUACUAUCUAUAAUAUAACACAAACCAAUUGUUUGAAUCAAACGAAUACAAAAAUAUUGGAGUCAUUUGACUUAAACACAACAAACCAAUUUGUCCAACAAAUGCAACCUUCCGUCCAGAGACCACCCAUUAUAGCUAAAGCUCCCAAAUGGAUGCGCUCUCCUUGUCGACCAUCAUUUGGGUUUGGCGGAAAAUUAGUCACUUAUAAUAAAGUCAUUUCUCAAAGUCAGACACAACCACCCGUUCAAUACACUCAACACGUAUUGAAUAUUUAUCACGUGAUGAUUGAUUCAGAGCUGAUAAGUCGAUCCGAAAAACUUGAAAACGCAUUAAAUAACGGAAACUUUUCCGAUUAUUGUCGCUAUAAAAUAGCAGAACAUUCAGACAAUGAAAACUUGUCAAAUGCCUGGAAGUUAGUUGAGUUACAUCUUGAAAGAGAUCCACACAAACAAAGAGAUUGUUUGUUACAAAUUAUAGGCUUUAAUGAUAUGAAUCAAAUGAAAAAUAAUAUGAAUAAUAUCAACAAUUUGUGUGAUUUAACAAAUAGACAUUUGACUACAAAUAUUUCACCAAAUAUUGUGAAUAAUUUUAAUUCAAAUGCAGUCAUUGAUAAUAAUUAUAAUGAAACUAUUUUACAAAAACUUGCCGAUAAUGUGUCAAUUGAAACGACAGGUCAUACAUUAGGUCAGAAUAUCAAUCGUGGGAUAUUAAGUGGUAAUCUGGAGCCCGUUAUUAAAGAUUGUAUAGAAAAUAACAACUGGACGGAAGCUAUACUCUUGUGUUGCUUUGUAUCUCCUGAACACACGGCCUCUACUUUACGUCAAUAUUUUGAUUAUAUUGUUUCGUCAAAUAACAACUCGUGGUCUCCAUUACUUUGGUGUAUUAUAUCAGCGCAAACUACCACUGAUGACGAAUCAUUGAUUCAUAUUUAUGAAGAACUUGUUCUUAAGUUUGAACUCAAAUAUUGGGCUCAAGUUUUGGCAUUUAUUGUUAAAGAAUCGGACAAUUGGGACGAUUCCAAUACAAAAGUUUAUUUAAUUAACAAAUUGGCUAAACGUUUGAUGGAUAGCUAUGUGGACACCGGCUCUAAUAAUUGGUUGAACGCUGCGAUGUAUUGUUAUAUAAUAAACGCUGACUUCAAAAAUAUAUCAAAGUUUGUCCCAUUUGGUAGUCAUUUGGAUCGCAUAGAGUUAUCAUUAAUUCUUCAAAAGUCAACUAACACUCCAUUUUCGACCAAUCAAUUGACAGCACAUUACGCAAAGUUAUUGACUGUCGAAGGAAAGCUAGAUUUAGCCCUUAAAUACAUUGACGAGAAUGAAGUCGAACUUAAAGAUAGAAUUAUUAAUAAUUUACAACCAAAUAGUAGACUAUUGUCUAAACAAACUCAAGUUACCACUACUUCUCGAUUUCAAAAGAUUCCGCAAACAUAUAACAGAACCAAUGCUUAUCCAACCACUGCAACACCCGUCCCAACACCUGUUCAAUAUAAUUCUCCGUACGGAACAUCAAAUAUGGGACAACUUUAUGGUCAGCCAUCUAUUCCUCCAAUGUCAUCGCAACCUCAAACACCUUCACCAUAUGGAGCUCCACCACUUGGGAACUUCAAUCCAAAUAGCACUUCAAUUCAAGGACCACCACCAAUGAUUCCACAAUUACCGGUAACACCAAUGAUGUCUAGUAUGCCACCACCACCACCACAAUCAGUAGGACCAUCAACCCAUCAAGGUCCAAUCAAUUAUGGUGCACCAGCUUAUCCUACACCACCUUCGUUUGUACCAACUGUUCCUUCGGGACCAACUCAACCGGGAAUGUAUACACAAACACAUACUCAUUCAAUGACAUCACAUAAUUUUGGUGAUUUACAAUAUACACAGCAAGAUGUUAGUCCCGGUUGGAAUGACCCACCCGUUCCAACUAAGUCUAGACAUAAUUCUUUUAGCUCAACACACCAUCAAAAACUUUUGUUGAAUCCACUUCAAGGAAAUACUAUAACAACACCAUUACCUGUAAUGGAAAACGAAAGAGUGACACAAAACGUAGCACAAGUAAGUCAACAUCCAGUUCCUAUAGUCGAACCACUUUCACCACAAAACCAACUGAUAUACGACUCAUUUCUUCGUUUGGUAACAAAUCUACAACAAAGCCCUCACUCACAAGCAUUGAAUAUUCGCCGAAAACUUGAAGACUCGAAACACAAAUUAGAAACAUUAAGAGUAAAGUUAGCUCCGAGUGGUAAUCUAUCGGGUAAUACAAUGCAAGGCUUGAAUCAAAUCGCGACGGCUAUCGAUCGCAAUGAUUUUCACACAGCACUGGGAUAUCACGCAAAUCUAGUGGCGGCCACCACUUUCGGGGAAACGGCCGCUUUUCUGCCCGCUAUUAAAGUUAUAUUACAAUUAGCUCUGCAACGGUUUCACACUUAAAGAGUAAUUAUUUAAACUAUAAUCAGA